AUUAAAACACGUUGAUGCUAAAAAUUCUAUUGUUUUUGGUUGCUUUGACUUUUGCACAAGAAGAUACUGAAGAAGAAAUGUAUAAGCUUCUAUGAUAUCAAAGUCUAUCAAGAAAAAUUGGAGCUUGUUGGAUAAAGACAAUAAAGGAUAUAAAUAAUGAGAAAGAAAAUAUGAAUCAAAUUAUUUAGAGUAUUGAAAAUGGAAAUAAAACAUCUAUAUUUCAUAAAGUAUAGAUGUAAAUGAUUCUAUCAUGUGUUUAAGUUAUUGAUGUCAAUAAUGAAGUAAAUAAUAUUAAAAUAGAUUUAGAUCUUAUCAAGUUUAGGUUACAAAGAGGUUGUUAAAGACUUUAAUUAUAAAUAAUUUAUAGGAAUAGAUGUAAGUUUAACAAACGAAGAGGAAGCAUUGCUCAAAAUAAUUAAGAAAUUAGAAAAAGAUUUAGGGGAUAUGGACAAAAAAAAUAAACUUAAAUAAUCAUAUUAGAAAACUUAGAAGAUUGAAUCUGAAUGGUAGAAUGCAUGGAAAGAAUCAUCAUAAGAGUCUUCCUUAAUAUAAAAACCAAAUUACUUUCAUUAUGCUUUUUUUCUAGUGUUGAUUAUUGCUAUUUUUGGAGGAGGAUAUUGGAGUUUAAAAUCAAUAUAAGGAAUGAGUAAUUAAAAGAAUUAAAAGUAACGAAAAAGAAAUUGA